UGAAAGUUAGGUUAUUUAGUAUCCAACAUUUUUGCUAUUUAAUAAAUGUUUUUUUAAUUAUUACAUAUGUAGAUAAUAAUAAAAACUAUGCUUACUUCAAAGGUUUUUCUUCGUAAAACAAAGCGUGGCAAUAUUUUAAAAAUUGUUCGUGAGCAUUAUUUACGAGAUGAUAUAUGGUGUGGUUCACAACUCUGUACAAUAUGUGUUCACAAAGAAAAUGACUUAAUUUUAUCGGAUAAUCCAGUUUCUGGAAGUUCUAUUCACACUUCCAAGCAUUAUUUGCUUCUCGAUACAAAUGUUGUUUUAGAUCAAAUUGAUGUGUUGGAAGAAGACGUUAUCACCAAUGUUAUUAUUCUACAAACAGUGCUUGAAGAAGUUAAACAUAAAAGUUCAUCAGUUUAUAAACGUCUGCGGGAUAUAAUAUCCAACACUCAGAGAAGAUUUUAUGUUUUUGUCAAUGAACAUCAUAAAGAUACAUAUAUAGAACGCAAUCCAGGAGAAACUCCUAAUGACAGAAAUGAUAGAGCGAUAAGAGUAGCUUGCCUUUGGUACAAUAAACAUAUUAAGAAGUCUUAUGAAAAACUGAAUGUAUUAUUACUUACUGAUGAUGCCGAAAAUAGAAAGAAAGCUAUUGCAGCAGGCUUAAUUGCUUUUUCUGUUGGUGAUUAUGUGGCUAGUUUAACCAAUUCACCUGCACUUCAAGACAAAUUAUCAAAAGCAAAUUUUGAAGGAUUAGGUGGCCAGGCUUUAUUUCCUGCUCAUCUCACUCCUGCAAACAUUCAUGAUGGAAUCAGAAAUGGACAACUCUUGCAAGGAAGCUUCCAAGCUUCAAGAGAAAAUUAUAUGGAAGGAUGGGUUAAUGUAGAAGGUCGGGAAAAGCCAGUGUUAGUUGUAGGUAGAGAAGGAAUGAACAGAUCUGUAGAUGGUGACACCGUGGCUAUAGAAUUAUUUCCAGAAUCAGAAUGGUGCAGCCCUAGUGGACUUGUAUUAUCAGAAGAAUCAGAUCCUACAGAGGAGCAACCUGAUGAUAGUGUUGGUCAGGGAGAAAUGGGACCAGUAGCUGAAAAUGUUGAACGAGCUGUAAUCAUCAAGAAAAAUGAAACAGUUCCUACAGGGAGAGUGGUUGGUAUAAUAAGAAGACGAUGGCGACAGUACUGUGGUGUUCUUCAACAAAGUUUAGUUAAGGGUUCUACUAAACAUAUAUUUGUUCCAGCAGAUAAAAAGAUUUCUAAAGUUAGGAUAGAAACGAGGCAAGCUGAUAUAUUAUGUGGUCAACGCAUAAUUGUUGCAAUGGAUUCAUGGCCUCGCCAUUCUAGGUACCCAUUAGGUCAUUUUGUUCGUGCUCUAGGACCCGUAGGAGAUAAGGAUACAGAAAAUGAAGUCUUAUUAUUGGAACAUGAUGUACCACAUAGUAAAUUUUCUGAAGCUGUUCUUGCUUGCUUACCAACACUUCCAUGGAUCAUAAAGCCAGAGGAUUUAGAUAAACGCGUAGAUUUGCGACAUAUCGAUGUCUGCUCUGUGGAUCCUCCUGGUUGUACCGAUAUCGACGAUGCCUUACAUUGUCGAACCCUGGAAAACGGAAACUUCGAGGUUGGGGUCCAUAUUGCCGAUGUUUCACAUUUUGUUCGUCCAGGAUCUGCCAUGGACAAAGAAGCUGCUCUCAGGGCAACUACUGUCUACUUAACAGACCGACGUAUAGACAUGUUACCCGAUCUUUUAAGUUCCAAUUUAUGCUCGUUGAGAGGCGGCGAGGAAAGAUUUGCUUUUUCUUGUGUCUGGGAAAUCGAUCAUGAUGCUAAUAUAGUAUCAACCAGAUUCCACAAAAGUAUUAUCUCAUCUCGAGGCGCUUUUACCUAUGAAGAAGCUCAGUUGAUAAUCGACGACCCGACAAGGCACGAUAUUAUCGCGUCAUCUUUGAGGGGAUUAAACAUGUUGGCAAAGAAAUUAAAGAAAAAGCGUAUAGAUAAUGGAGCCCUUGUUUUAGCGUCUCCCGAAAUUCGUUUCCAAGUUGAUUCGGAGACACAUGAUCCUAUUGAUGUAGAAACCAAAAAAAUACGCGACACAAAUUCUAUGGUUGAAGAAUUUAUGUUGUUGGCUAAUAUAUCAGUUGCUGAGAAAAUUGAAAAAGAAUUUCCCCAAUGCGCUAUGCUUCGACGACAUCCCUCACCUCCCAAAGAAAACUUUGAACCAUUGCUAGUUGCUGCAAAACAUAGGGGUAUAGAUAUCAAUAUAGAUUCUGGUAAAGAGUUGGCUUUAUCUCUUGACAACGCCACUGAUGAACAAAAUCCAUAUUUUAAUACAAUGAUAAGAAUUUUAACAACUAGAUGCAUGAUGCAGGCUGUUUAUUUCACCAGUGGCACUUUACAGGCUGAAGAAUAUUUUCAUUAUGGUCUGGCUGCACCAAUUUAUACUCACUUUACUUCACCUAUUAGAAGAUAUGCUGAUGUGAUAGUUCACAGAUUGUUAGCCGUAUGCGUAGGUGCAGAUUCCACAUAUCCAGAGCUUUUAGAUUUAAAACGAAGCUCUAGUUUAUGUGUUAAUCUCAAUUUUAGAAACCGUAUGGCUCAACAAGCUGGUAGAGCUUCAGUGGCCUUGCAUACACAUUUAUUCUUUAGAGGACGCGUGCAGGAUGAAGAAGGAUACAUAUUGUUUGUAAGAAAAAAUGCUUUGCAAAUACUUAUUCCUAAAUAUGGUUUGGAAGGAACUUUGUAUUUGAAUCAGAAUGAAAAUGGUUUAAAAGAUGGAAAUGGAGUUAAAUUUACAUAUAAUGAAGAGACACAUUCUCAACAUUGGGGUGACAUUGCUUUUCGAUCUUUUGAUCCUGUAACAGUUCAGUUGAGCUUAGACAGAAGUAAUAUACAACGAGAGAAAUUGGUUUUCAAAUUAGUCACACCACACAUACCAGGAUUUAGUGUGCCAAGUCAACAAUCUCAAGAUGUUGAAAUGAUCAAUCAAGAUGAGGCAAAAUCACCUUGUGAGGUAUUAAACACUAAUGGUGAAGAAUCAACUAAAAAAAAAAAGAGGAAAAGGAAACACAAAAGCAAUGCUUAAUAUAAUUUUAAUAAUAUAAUGAAAUUUAUAUUGUUAGAGCUUAGUUGUUAUAAAAAAUGUUUUUUUAAGGUGAAAA